CAGCGUAACGAAGAUGACACACUAAACGAUGCCCAAAGAAGCGCCCAACAGCCUUCAUCGUCAUCCACGUCUACUCGACAGACCGGUCCAUAUGUCGUUCCAUCCCUCCUUCGGAUGUCAAUGGCGCGGUUCGCUCAGCAUGUUGUCAGACUCAGUCAGGACGAGUUUACUCAAAAUCGGGCGAUGAAGAGGCUUGCCGAUCUUCCCACUCACCUGGUUCAACCUCUUUUUGAGUUCCUAAGACAUUAUUGUCCGACUCGUCUCAGCGGGGAAUUCAUUACCAAGUACUUUCUUCGAGGAGAUCAUCUUGUUUUCUCUAACGACAUGACCGGAGUUCUCAACGGGACAGUCAAAUCAUUCGCCAGUGCACCAGGUUUUGCAACCAGCCUAAAAACGCUUGAGCUACGUGGUCAAACGGAUCUGAAAGAUAAUGUGGUGGCUGCUACGCUUCGACAUCUGCCGGCCUUGAUCAGUCUUGUGCUUCGUGGAUGUACCCAAGUUGGUUCGCGGAGCGUGGAAGCAGUAGCCGAAACAUGCCAUGAUCUUGAAAUGAUCAACUUGAAUUAUACAGUGACGCGACAUGCUGCUAUUCGAAAACUUGUCAACUCGUGCAAGAAACUGCACAGCAUUAAGGUCGCAGGACUGAGAGAUAUAACCGAUACCCAUUUCUCUCAGAUACUCAGCGACGUCUCAGGGCGACUUCGUCAGCUCAAAGUGCGCCAAACUGACUUAACCCAAACCUCAGCCGCUGUUAUUAGUAAUGCUUUGAGUGCUAACGCGGUUGCCCUGGACAUAUCAUUUACUUCAAUGGUACUCACCGAACUUCCGCCUAAUUUGGAAAAACUUUCCUUGACGGCAACCCCGAUCCUUGCAGCCCCGCUUCUUCGACUGUUAACACCGCUGAAAAAGCUGCGCAAGCUAUCCCUGGCGUAUCUUGGCGGCGACGUUGCGAGUUUGUCUGAUGACGGUCUGAAGCUCUUGCUCCCAGCACUGAACGCAUGCGAGCGACUUGUCGAUUUGAACCUUGCCCUCAACAAUUCCCUCGGAUUGAACGGUUCCGGAGGCGCAUCGGCCUUGCUCGCUAUUAUGGGAAGUAGGCUCGAGGUCUUAAACUUGUCGGGCAUUUCUCGCAUGCGGUGGUACGAUCUUGAACCUCUCAAAGCGUUGCUGGAGCCGCCACCCCUAAGGCAGCUUGUGUUGACCAAUACUGGCUUGGAUGAUAGGGCGGCGCUCUAUAUAUCUGCUUGUAGGCAUUUGCGAAUGCUCAGCCUGGGUGGAACUGGAUUAUCGUCGGAAGGAGUUGACCGCAUUGUUGACGCAUGCAAAGACCUACAAGAACUUGAUCUCACGGGCUGCCGAGGUGUUCGCAUUUACGAUCGUCGACAUUUCUUUGAGUCAUGGGCUGCAAGGAAGAGGGACGCAGGGGAAGAAGACUCAUCGACGGAAUAACUUUUCUCUCUGAUCGUAUGAACGAUUUUUGCGAGUCGUACGCCUGUGUAUUUUGCGCUGUCGAGGUCAUAAUUGAUUAGC